AUAAGAAAAUAGUCAAAAUACAGUAUUGUUCAAUUUUUAAAUGCACUUCUUACAACGUAGCGAUGACAAUUUAAUUCAGAAUUCUAUAAGUUUGGUUAAAUUUAUCACAAAUCAAUCAGCGGUAACCAACAAGAAGAAUUUGAAUUACUCAACUUGCCGUCAAAAGAAAAGAACAAGGUUUCAACUCAUAUUACAAGUAAAUGAUGGUUUGUAGAAAAGGUCAUGCACCAAUGGCAACAUAGCACAAAGUCGUUUAACAUUCACAUAACAUUUUGGCAUAGAAAUGUACGUAAUUUCGCUGCAAAAAUACUCUAACUACAAAUGUGAAUCCAUAUACAGAUAUAGAUAUAUGUGUGUAUAUAUAUGCAUUUGAUCCAUUAAUAUAUAUCGAUGCUUCUAGUUUUAAAACUAAAAAAUUGUUGAGUUAUUGUAGACUUUUCAAUGGCCUUUGAUAAAUGACCUAAAAUGCAUAUGAAUAGCUGACCCCGACCAUAUCUUUACAACAAAAAGACAGCUCAAUCUCAUCACAUUUACGGAAUGAGGUGUCCACCCUUCUUCACUACUUUCAUCAUAAAAUAUUUGGACAUGUGAUUUAAUAUAUUAGUUACUAAUAAAAAAUACUAUUGAGAGAAAAAUCCGUGGAAAGGUACAACUCAACAUGUCUAUGUUGGUGGUUCAUCUGAGAACCCAGCCCUCUACAGAUCAUUACAAAUUUUGUAAAGUAAUACAAAUCAUAAUGAUUAGCUAGGUCCCUACUGGAAUUUUAAGAUUGAUAAAAGAUCUCAAAUCAGAAAAUAAUACUAAGAAUCGUGAAUGCAUAUACAUUAUUCAGAUCAUAACUAAUUUUUAUAAACUAAUACAGCUCAGAAUGAUCAUCUAUAGGUUCCUACUAGAAUUUUAAGAUUGAUAAAAUAUCUCAAAUCAGAAAAUAAUACUAGGUAUAUAUACAUUAUUCCAUACAGCUAGUGUCCGUUUUUUUAAAGAUUUUGUAUCCUGAUAUCCAAACUCACAUAUUUUUUAUUCAUUUUGGAAUUCGUUAAUUCUACGUAAUAAAUAAAGCAGACUGUAAAAGUUCCUAUAUCGUGACUUUGUGUUUGUCAGGAUCAAUUUAUAAAUUUUAUCAAUAAUAUGGUUGUAACAAACGUAACUAAGAAUAUAGUUGGUGGGUAAGCAGUAAUAAGAGAGAUAUGUGAAAGGAUAACAUACAUCAAUAGUCAAUGGAAAAGAGACAAAAAUUGUCAAAAAAAAAAUGUUUACCUUAGAAUCGACUAUUCACACCAUCAUGAAUUUAUAUGUACGGUUACAUUUCUUCAUGGUUGCGUGACUUUCGUCGUGUGAGUGAUCACACUGACAACCAUUUCGCCUAUUGGAAAUUAGAAAAGCCUUAUACCAAAUCCAACUAAAUCUUCUGGUUAAGUCUCCGAUCGUUCAGUUAACCUCUAGUAGUAGUGGUAGAUAGACUAGACAUGUGUAUGUGAAUAAUAUACAUUGCCGCUCUUGUCUAAUGGAUCCAUAUCUUAUUAAAUGAUCCAUGUCUAGAUGUUUUUCUUACUUCUUGAUUACUUUUGUUUUUAUCACAUCGCAGCAGAAAGCUUACAUACAGUCUUCGGACAAAACCCCCCCACCUUUUAGCGCAACAUAAAAAGCGUGAAAAUCCUAUAUAGCUGAGAAAAGCUGAAAAUCAAAAUUACUAUUUGAUCCAUUAAUAUGUCCAAGGACUUAAAAAGCCCAAACGUUUUGUAGCUGGAAAAUACCUAGCUGUUUGGGCUCGUACGUAAUGUGGUUAAUUAAUAGCUUCCUCAGAGCAUGUGCAUUGCAAGCAACCUUAUUUGUUGCUUAAGUGGGGCAUAAUUAAUUUUUAAUUAUUAAAACUAAGAGAAGCAAUUUUGUUAAGCAACACUUGGUUAUAUGGGUUUAUUGGUAGUUGCUUAAUUAAGGAUUUUAGAGAAGAAUGAUGCCAUGAGACAAAUUUUUUUAGAUUUUUGGUUGGGUGGAGUUACAUUUGGUUGAGAGACUCAUCGAUGCAAUAGUAUCAAAGUUACUAAUAAUGACAAAAUAUACCGUUCACUUGAUGGUGAGAGGGUUAAUGGAGAACUUGAGAUAUUCAGAUGACCAUAUUAGAAAUCAAGAGAGAAAGUAAAAAAUAUUGUUUGUUGAAUUACAUGAGAUUCUAACUCAAGGUUAAUUCCACUCUAGGUAUACAAUCUCUACUCUUCUUGGACCAAAUUUCACUGGUUUUCAACUCAAAAGCAAAUAGCAAUUAAGCACAUAUUGGUCCAUGUCUUUUAUAUAACUGUAGCUCUUAUCUCUUUUAGAAAUUUUAACAAAUUCCUCAUUAAUCCACGUCUAGUUAAAUCACUCAAGAGGGAAAGAAUCUUGGCAACUUGCUCAACAAGAAGUGUCGCGCAAGAGAAACCCUUAGGGAAUUUUUAUUCCUUCAUUAUACCACUACUGAAGUGAGAUUGAGAGAAUCUCACAAAGAGACAAAUCAUAUCUUACUGUACAGUGACAUGUUUCAAGAAUUGGGUUGACACACACGAUCAGAUCCAUCAAGAGUCAAGACCGGACUGAUCUACUUUCGUGUAUGCGAAAAAUACCGUCAAUCCAGACAAGAUAAGCAUAUGUCUUUCGCCUAUUCGCUACCACUUUGGGCUAUCACACACCCUUCAUAUAUCUGAGCAUGAUUCUUUAAACAAAAUAAUAUUCUUAGAUUAAAAACAUUUGGAAGCUUGGUCCACAUAAAAUACAUAAUUCUAAUUCUCAGGCAUAUACAGAACUUGUAAAAUAAAUAUUACGCAUGUGCUAUAUUCUUUAGCAUAUCUGCAACAAAGAAGCAUAUGAUCCUGUUCAAUAAAAAAUGCUCAUCUUGGUAUCUUGGAGGAUAAAAGGGUAGGUGAAUUAACACUAUGCAACUUUUGUUGGUCCUUCCUUAAUAGUUAAAUAAGAAAAUAUUAAUUUGGUUCAAAAUAAAGUUACUUUGAUGAACUUGAGGAACCUUUCAAAAGAUCGAUCUCUAUUUCUUUUUUGGUCUCAAUAUUCUUUUCUUCUUCCUCUGUUCUGUUAUAAAUAGCCUAUGAUUCAAGAAACUCAAGUCUCAUACAACAUUAAGCGUAAUUACAGUACACACACCAACAAAAAACUAUUUUCUUCACCCAAAGGAGAGGUUUAAUCCAUGGGCUUUCAGUUUUAAUUAUCUUUCAAUCUACUAGAAAGAAACAAAAGAAGAUUUUGUUUCUUCACCAUCAAGAAACAAGCCCUAAAUUGAUAACACUUCCUUCACGAAACCAUGGACAAAGUUGUGAGGAUGUCUUCGGAGAAAGGAGUGGUUAUAUUCAGCAAGAGCUCGUGUUGCAUGUCCUAUGCAGUCCAAGUCCUCUUCCAAGACCUCGGGGUUCACCCAACCGUCCAUGAGAUCGAUAAGGACCCUGAUUGUCGUGAGAUUGAGAAAGCCAUAAUGAGGCUCGGGUGUUCCACACCGGUCCCAGCCAUCUUUGUGGGUGGAAAGCUCGUGGGUUCGACCAAUGAAGUCAUGUCGAUGCACCUAAGUGGCUCGCUGGUUCCACUGGUUAAGCCAUUUCAGGCUAACCUAUGUUAAAACAAGGUUUCUAACUUUCUAAACUAUCAAAAUGUAUUUCAAUAAGAAAACACACAAUCGCAUAUAUAGCCUAUGCAACCUCUGUAAUGUAGCUUUUAUAAAUAUUGUUUCUGUAAUUUUAUAAAAGUCAUCCUGUAAUAACUAAUUAACUAGAGCUUGACCCGCACCCCGUGCGGGUGUUAAUUUUUACUUUUUUUUUAUAAAUUAUUUAAUGAUAUUUUUAAACA